CAUCUAUAUCCCACCACCACCACUACAUCUCAAUCACCACCAAGUAGCACCAUGCCCAAAGCUCCCCUCCUUAAGGGCCUCCUCCUCCCCAUUGGGGAAAUCCCUCUAGACAGCAUCCACCCCGACCCCAAUAUCAGCUGCACCAAGAAGGACCUGAAAACAAUCACAUCCUAUAACCUCCUCCCCAAGAAGGAAAAGAGCAUGGUAGUUCCAGGAACCCCCUCGAUCUACAAACCCCCCACCACCCCCAUGCACAUCCCCCCGGACUCAGGAAAAUACAUCCUAGACCCCAACAGCCUCAUCUUCCCCAACUGCACCUUGGAACCUCUCCUCCGCGCCAUCACCACCACCACCACAACCACCACCGGCAAACCCAAAGUGAACCUCACCACAACAGACCUAAUAACCGACCGGCGCAACCUCCGCCUCCUCCUCGGAUUCGUCAGCUCGAGCAAAAAGCCCUUCCGAAUCGACGUGGAAGUAAUCCACUCUACCGUCCUCCUCUCCCUCUGGACAAGCAGCAAGACAAACUUCGUAGGUCAAUUCCAGGGGUACGGCCACUCCUUCGAAAAAGCCGCGACUUGGAACCCGCGCUACGUGCGCGGGAGCAUCAUCCAUAACCGAGCGGUGCGGUAUACCCUCGGCGGGAUACAUAUCUUGCUGAGGUAUGAAGUGGAUGCAUGUAUGCCUGGAAAACCACCAGCGCCAGCACCACCACACAAUCUCACAAAUACUCCCACCAAUACCAAUCAUCAAUCCCCCCCCAGCGGAAUCAAGGUAAUACAUUCAGGAACAUUGGUCCACCCACACCGAAUUAUCGAGAUAAAAACCGGGCCAGUGAGUAAACGCCUCGACAACUCGAAGAAUCUAGAGCAGAUGUGGUUUUCCCACACCCCGAUUCUAUGUACGGGGCAGUAUCAGCCCGAUGGGACGUUCCUGCCGGCAAGGGCGCAGAAUAUGGAGAAGGAGGGGAGGCUGGAGCAGUGGGAGAGGGAUAAUGAGGAGAAGAUACGGAAGCUGGUUAGGGUGUUGGAGAUGGUGUUUGAGGUGGUGAGGGGCGUGCCGCAUAGGUGUGCGUUGGUGCAUGAUGGGGAUGGUGUGUUGAGGGUGUAUCAGGUUGAUGAGAAUGCGAAGGGAGGGUUGGGGAGGGGGGUGCCGAGGGAUUUGAGGGCGUUGUGGGAUGUCAAUGUUAAGUAG